AUGAAGAAUGCCGCAACAAGUUGUGAAGACAGACUAGACAAAUCGAUCGGUUUGCAAUCGCUUGGAAAGCUCUGCGCAAGCGUUGUACAACACGAUGAACACACACUCGCCCCGUGCAAAAUAUUCAAUUCAGUCGUUUCCACAACUUUGAUGGACACGAUGACGAACAACUCCGUAACAACAGAAAAAACUCUUGAUAGCCCGAGCGACUACAGUUUGCAGUUAAAUCGAUGGAUAUUAAAACCAAUCGGUGCCUGGCCAGCGUCCACGUCAACAUCGAGAUCCGAUAGGAUCAUUUCGUUUACGUUAGUCAGUCUCUGUUACGGUCUCAUAUCGUUCACCGUCAUCCCUUGUAUAUUCCACCUUGUUCUCGAAGAUGAAACGAUUUACAUAAAGCUAAAGACGUUCGGUCCUCUCAGUCACUGGUUUAUCGGCGGCAUUAAUUACACCAAUUUACUGCUGCGAAGCAGGGACAUUCAAUAUUGUAUCCGUCACAUGCAAACUGACUGGAAAGCGGUAAGAAGACCAGAAGAUUUACGCGUGAUGAUGAAAUACGCUAAAAUCGGCCGUUUCAUCGCCGCCUUUUGCGCUGCUUUCAUGCAAAGUGGCGUCCUGAUGUACUGCAUGGUGACAGCGUUCGCCACGCAGACAAUCAUAGUCGGUAACCAGACCAAGAUCAUUCGUAUGCUACCCUGUGCCGUGUAUAAGAACUUCAUUCCGAUUCACACCAGUCCGACAAACGAAAUCGUCCUCGCUACGCAAUUCCUGUCGGGAUUUAUCGUGAAUUCGAGCGCUGUCGGCGCUAUUAGCAUCGGUGCCGUUUUCGCGGCUCACGCGCGUGGCCAAUUGACCAUCUUGAUGACGUGGAUCAACGAAUUUGUGAAUCGACCGAAAGAUCGAAAGGACAACGACGGGUUUAACGACAUAGGUGAGAUCGUCGAGUAUCAUCUCAAGGUGCUGAGUUUCAUAGGAGGUAUCGAGAAAGUGUUGACACAAUUUUGCUUCUUGGAACUGCUGAAAAGCAAACUUGACAUAUCCAUGCUUGGAUAUUAUAUUCUUACAGAAUGGGACGAACGCGACGUUCGAAAUCUGACUACCUAUUUCAUGAUAAUGGUAUCCAUGGGUUUCAACAUUUUCACAGUGUGUUACAUCGGUGACAUAUUAACAGAGCAGUGCAAAAAGAUUGGCGACGUGGUGUAUGCGACAAACUGGUAUUAUCUGCCCAACAAAGACAUGCUUAAAUUGAUUUUGAUCAUCUCAAGAUCAAAUUCCACGAUCAAGAUUACUGCGGGGAAAAUGACUCACAUGUGCAUAAACACAUUCGGUGAUGUAAUGAAAACGACAUUCGCUUACCUUAAUCUACUAAGACAAGUGACAUGACAACAUGCAACAGCUAUUAAAAUUUGCGCGUGAAAUCGUACGAUUUCAGACACGAAGGUUUGCACAAAU